CACCGACUUACGGGAUCAUUUCAGGGACGUCAUCGGCGUUUACUGAACAUGGAGUGAGAAACCAAUGAGAGACACCGUUCAAUUGCAAACGAUGUAUGCAUCUCAGAAGCAACAACUAGGUCAUGGUACAUUGCACGCUCCAUUACGGCUCGCAUCGCUUACAGAAAGUCCACCUUGACUCGGACUCCUGCAACUUUUACCUUCCAGCAAAUACGAAAGCGCAGUGAUCUACCUCCGGGUCCCCGCGCCUCCCGUUCCUCGGUAAUGUGCAUCAAUUGCCUGGGAUCGACCAACACUUAACAUUCAUGGAUUGGGCGGCUCAACACGGUGACAUCGUCUACGCCGAGAUUUUCACCCAACCCAUCAUCAUCCUCAGCUCCGCCAAGGCUGCAUUCGAUCUCAUCGAAAAACGCGGGGCGAUAUACUCAAAUCGGCCGCGUCUAGUGUACUUCGUCGAGCUGAUCGGGUGGACGGGAAACCUCGUGUUUAUGCAAUACAAUGACACCUGGCGACGCAUAAGGAAGUGGUAUCAGCGAGCGUUCGUCGUCAGGGCGUCCGCGGAUGGGUAUCACCCUCUCCAGUGCCGUGAAGUGCGCCGCCUCCUGUUCGAUCUCCUGGGGAACCCAGAAGACUUCGUGCAUCAGUUGAAGCGAUACGCUGCGGGAAUAGUUCUCGAGAUUGGCUAUGGACAUACAGUCACGUCUUUGGACGGCGAUCACUUAAUCAAGUUGACGGAAGAUGGGAUUAGAGGAUGUCUUGUUGGGAGUGGAACUGGAUCGGCUCCAGUUGACUUCCUGCCAAUUCUGAAAUACGUGCCCGCAUGGAUUCCUGGCAUGAGCUUCAAGCGUGCUACAGCGAAAGCACGGAAAGCUGUCGGGGAUAUGGAGGACAUACCGUACCAAGCAGUCAAGGACGAUAUGGCGACCGGCAGCGCGAAGUCCUCGUUCACGACGGCCUUGAUAGAGGAAUGUUCCAGAAAGGGAGUACUGACGGCGGAGGACGAACGAGACAUCAAAGGUGCUGCAGGAACAUUGUAUGCGGCGGGUACCGACACGUCCUUGACAAGCAUGAUCGUGUUCAUACUCGUGGCGGUUCAGCAUCCCGACGUCUUCAGGAAAGCACGGGAAGAAGUCGAUCGUGUAGUUGGAGAUGCAAGAUUACCAGAUUUCGGUGACAGAGCAUCGCUACCAUAUCUCGAGUGCAUCAUCAGAGAGGUAUAUCGGUGGUGUCCGGCAGUGACUACGUCGGCUCCACACCAGGUGGCGGAAGACGACGUGUACCGUGGCUACUACAUACCCAAAGGUUCGACAGUGAUAACAAACCUGUGGGCGAUCUUCCGGGAUCCCGAGGUGUACCCAGAACCAGACGUCUUCAGGCCAGAGCGAUUCCUCGAGAUCGAUGCCGACGCAGAUGCUGACCUCAAAGAUCCGAAGAAGUUGGUGUUCGGCUUCGGGCGGAGGAUAUGCCCAGGGCGAUACUUUGCCGAUGAUAUGGUGUGGCUUGCCGCAGCAUGUAUCGUAGCGACUUUGGACGUUGACAAGACACGAGAUGAACACGGCGAGGGGAUCACACCGACACCGAGGUUCAUCUCUGGCGCCAUCAUGCGUCCUGAAUCAUUUGUCUGCGAUAUUCGACCUCGAUCUGAGAAGAGUCGACAGCUGAUCCUUGACAGUAGUACAGAAAUCUGAGCCGGCUCGACUGUUCGACACAAAGAUCCUGUGGAGUGUCGUAGCAUGUCAUAAUCGCGAAUAUCCCGUGCGUUGCUUGCUACCUAAGCAUCCACGAGCGCAGGACUACAGACUAAGCCACACUAUCACAACUUGUAUCGUACCUGAAGCCUCAAGCAGACUCCAACAGUACAACUUGUGGGCCUGAGAAAGCACCGGGAAUAGCACCGUGGUGAUGAUUCUGCACGCCCCAUAUCUCAUGCUGCCGAUAUCACGGUGUCGUAGAAGGUUCAGAUUCGUCUGCCCUUGGGCGGUAUCUCGCUUACAAUAGGGCUGUCUUGCGG